GCGGGGCGGGGCGGGAUGCCGCUGGGGCCGGGCCUCGGGCCCUGCUGGGCCGGAGACGGCGGGGGAAGGGAAGCAGGGAUGUUUCUGCGCUGUUGUUACACCAUGACUACUACCUCAUCAGAUGGCUCUGGUGACUGUGAAAAGCAGCAGAAGGAAUUGAGCCAGAGUUAUGCUAGCUCUGUCCUCGACUAUUCAGAAGACACCUGGGAACCCUUCAGUGAGGAAGAAAUAGCCUCCUGCUGGCAUGAGAGCAAAUCAUCUGAACUGUACUGUUCCACAGAAGAUGCAGAGCAUUCUGGUUUGUUGGAUCCAGGGGAAAGCAUGUUGUGGUUGGCAGGCCAAAGUCAUACAGAAGAGCAGUCUGAAGUAGUUGAUUCUGCAGCUGCAGAAAGAGAUUUCAUUGGAAAGUUGAUUGAUGUCCUAAAAAAUAAGGAAGCUGGCAUUAAACAAGAUAAAUUCGUCAUCGAAACUCAAGCUGAAGUUACUGAGUUAUCAGAGGAAGAACUGGAUGCUCUCCAGUCUUUUUGCAUCAUUAAGAUAAGGAGGGUGCUGCAGGAGCUGAUCUCUGAACAGGCAAGUGGUGGCAAGUCAAGAAAGCAGCAGCGUGGGUUCACAUCAAAGGCAUCAGAGGCAAGUGACUUGAACUGCAUUGUUCCCCAUCAGCUGAUGAACAGAAUCCGUCUCAAAAACAUCCAGGAGACCAUUAAACAGGUGACAGAAGCUCAAGUGCACAAAUCUUCACUGUGCCCUGACUGUAAGAAGAAGAAGGCAGAGCUAGCCAAAAUUACUUUUCUCAGACAGAAGAAGAUACUAAUGGAAAGAGCUCUACUCCGCGAAAAAUUGGAAGAACAGAUUUACUCCAGAGAUGUGCUCACGCUUAUAGGAGAAACACUCAGAAGCUUUCCUAAACUUUUAGAGGAUCCCAGGAACUUAUGGCAAAAGCUGAAAGGAAAAGCUGAAGGAAUGACUGCGUUCUGUGAGCAUCUGAAAUCAUCAGCUUCAUUGAAAGAAUGAGGACCAGAGAUUUUAAGUGAGAUGAAAGCUGGAGUGGGAGUGAGAGCAAAUGAAAGCAGAGAUGAGGGAGGAAGGAAUGGAAGAACAGCAGAAGGGAGGAAGGACUUCAGAAAGUGAAGUGUAGCAGUAAGUUGCUACUUCUUUUUCACUACAUCAUCUGUAAACUUCUAUAUAAGAACAAGGGACAGAUUUCAUGGGUAUUUUAAGUAUGUAAAUAAGACCGCCGAAGACAUUUGACACUUUUUGCAUUACCUAACUGGACAAGAGGAAUGACUUAGAAGUAAAAGAGGGGAAAUUUAGGUAAGAUAUUAGGGAGAAGUUUAUUCAGAAGGUGGUGAAGCACUGGCAAUGCUGCCCAGGGAAGCUGUGGGUGCCCCAUGCAUGGAGGCAUUUAAGGCCAGGCUGGAUGGGGACCUGGGCACACUGAUAUGGUGGGUGGCAAUCCUGCCUGCGGCAGGGGAUAUGAACUGGAUGAUCUUCAAGGUCCUCACCAACCUAAGCCACUGUAUGAUUCUUUGAUUUUCAAAAUGCUCAAACAUAUCAGUGCAGAUCUGUCUUUAUCUUUGAAUGCUUAAAAUACAUUUGGAAAUCUUGAGGUUUCAAGUCUGAUCAGAUUUCAGCUGAGAGCCAGCUUGGUUUCAUAAUUCCCAGGUUCUGUGCACUUAGGGUAUGGGCUUAAAUAAUAAAGAUUGGGUUGCUGCAGCACAGCAACAUACUUCAGGUGUGUUUAUAACACAUUGCUGGAUUUGUAAGAGUUAAGCACCAUAGAUUUAUUGGAGUGAUCCUAAAAUGAAACAACCUUUUUUUUUUUUUGUUAGUCUUCCUUGUAAAUCUAAAAACAAAAUCCAAAUUUGAUCUGUAUUAGAUAUUUACACUGAAUCAUUCCUCAGAAACUUAAUUUGCUGAUAGCCUUACUGUUACGUGCAGUGAGAUAACAGGCAGCUUCAAUGCAAAUUUAAACAAGUCGGUCUGUUUUUUAAUUAAGGGUAUAAACUUCUGCCCCUGUCUUUUACAAUGCUUUACCCAAUUUUUAUCCUAGUGAGCAAGAAAACUGCUUUUAACAGUUGUUCAGCCUGCUCUAUCUUCAUCUUUGAAAAGAUGCUUUUGUGUUCACUUGGAAUACGGUGUAAGUUUUUUUGACUAUCUUUUGGUUUCGAAGUUUCCUCCUUACUGAUGCAAGAGGAGGAAAAGAUCGCAAGUUUUAGAAGCACUUGCAUCACCUCAUUCCAGCAUUGAUCAGAUCUGUAAAUCAACAGAAGGUUUAAUCUUGUUCCUGUAAAAGGAAUGAUGUCUACUGGGAUUCUGAUUCUCCUUAAAGCUGCAAAAAGCUUUGAUAACUUUGAAGGAUAGACUGUGUAUGACAAAAACAACUUUAGUGCAGAUCCUGAUACCAUCUUACCUCUGCACUGAGAGAUGCUGAGCAAAACAGCCUCUGCUGAUUUGGAUGGAAGCUGCAGGCUGUAAGCUUUGCUUAGGAUGUUUGCUUUUGAGUUAUUCUGGAACAACCGAUGUGGGCAGGUGCCUGUGCUUAAUGUGGACUGUAAAUGUGACAUGCUAUUUUCUUGGGCAUUCAGUUUAUAAGAACCCAUAUGGAACUACUUCUGCUUUUUUUUUUUAAUGUUUUAAUUUUAAUUAAGUCAUUGCUGAAGAGUAGGGCAGUUGAAGCAACAGACUCGUAACACUUAAGCUCUCUCCGAAAUCGAUACUUAUCCCACUGGUUUGAUUACCUCCUCCUCAUGAUAGUGUAACACACUCACUCAGUAUAAAUAUGAUUUGAUAAAUGCCAGUGUCUGUUCAGGUGUGAUUACAGCCUUCUUGUAACUGCGCGUUUUUGCAAAUACUGCUUUCUGUGCCUGCACAAUUCAAAUCCUUGUGGAAGCUACCGAUGCCUGUUACCAUUAAGAAACUGCAGCUAAAUCAUGCUGUAGAUGGAAUGCUUGCCAAAUUCCCAUCUCAAAUCAGUGCUAGAUAGAUGUACUUGGUUCAACUAUAUAGUGGGGUAAAGAAAGUUUAUCAUCCUGAUCAAUGAAAUCUUAGUAUUACAUUUUUAGGGUAGAUUUGAAACUGAGUAUUAGAAGCUCCCAAUUGGCAUGGGCUGACUGAGACUUAUGAAUGCUGCAGUAAAACAUGUUGGGAAGAGACAUACAUGGUUUCAGCCUUUCCAAGUGCUCAUGUGUGGGGAAGGGGUUGGAAUGUACUUUUUUGGGUUUGAAUUUGAAAAGCAGUGCUGUAUCAUAGUGCUGUUCUCUAAACAGUUGAGCAGAUCUGUUCCUUUGUGAUGUUCAUUUAGAACUAGUUUUUUUAAAAUGCAGUGAAACCUACGUCAAGAUUUCUUUUCUCAAGACAGCACACAACAUUCCUCUUCUCAGAGGAUGGAUUUUCCAGAUAAACCACUCUCUGGUUUUCCUUAAAAAAUAAAGGAGCAAUCUUCUAUUGCCAGCUGUAAAAUGUAUCCUAUUAAAAAAAAAAGCUUUAUUUUCUCUUUGAGAUUUUUUUUUUGUGCUUACUUUUUUUCUAAUUUAGUUGGUAUUCAUUUCUUUUGCACAACAUUCUUCCCUGUUCUUCCCAAACACCCUUCAAAACUCAGGGCAGUCACAGCUUGUGACUUAGAGAGGCAACCUGUAAAUUCUACCAUUAGUUUGUAUUUUAAAUGUUAUUAUGUGAAAACACAAAUCUUGAAGUACAGCCAAUUCCUUAGUCCACACUGAUGCUUCAACUCUGUGAUUUUUUCUAUUUGUCUGUUUCUGAGAUCAAUCUGUUCUUAUGCUCUGUUUUACAUUUUUUUUGUGUCAGAGCAAAUACUCACCAGUCCAGGUCCAAGCAGACUGUUUAACUGUUCUUUUGAAUCCCAGGAUAAGUGAAAAUUUGAAAACAGUUUAGGGCUGAAUUCAAAUGAACAAAGUCCUAAGAAGCUUUGUAAAAUAGGAUUUGAAAACAAUCAGUAGGCUUUUCAUUACAGUCUCAUUUUCUUUGCAGGUGAAGGAAGAUUCUGAUUCUGGGCUAAUUGGUUGUGAAAAGAAGAUGAACAAAUGAAAUCUGUUUAUUUUUUA